GAGGACAGUCUGGCGGUUGUCCCGAGGUGCUGGAUGCUCGAGGGAAAGCUAGCCUGUUGUUGGCCAAAAGGCCGGCAUCAUAAUUUUAAAAGACUCGUACGCAAAGGAGUGGAGCCGGAUGAAAACUGGUACAUCCAUGGAGUUGUGGUGCUAAAGGAGUGCUCAACAUAUGACAAGGCCCUGAGGGUACUGAAAAGGGCAGAAGAAGACGAGGCACUGGACACCACGGAUGGUGGAGUGGAGCGUGGAUCACCAGGUGACCGUCACUUCCACAGGCGGCCACUUUCCACCCAACAGGCGACGUCGCUGCCUGCACCACCUCCUGGUCUUGCCUGUGGAGUAUUUGGCCCAAGAGCUUCAUCGCCAGUUGCCACUGACGCCGCAAGGUCAAGCUUCGUUUUUGACCACCAGCUGCCUGCAACGACUUCUAUGAUCACAGCUUUAUCGCCACCUACCAAUGAUGCGGGAAGGCCGGCAAGCUGCGCUUAAGACUGCCAACCACCCCCCCCCCCCCCCAGCAACAGUUCCUGCACUCACAGGCUUUGAGUCACAGGUACUAAAGCUGCUCUUGGAGCAGCGCCAGCAGCUCCGUGAGCUGUCGCAACAGAACACAGCCCUCAAGG